UCCAUAUUUGUCUCCAUUCCCCAUAUCAGAGCCAGUUAAAAACAUAGUUCUAGUAGGGCGUACUGGAAAUGGAAAAAGCGCAACAGGGAACACCAUCCUAGGUCAGAAAAUGUUCACUUCGGAACUACAAGCAGGAGGUGUUACCAUGGAAUGUGUGAUGUAUAGAACUGCAAUAAAAGAUGGUCCGAUAAUCAAUGUGAUUGACACUCCCGGUCUCUUUGAUUCGUCGGUGUCUGCUAACUAUAUUACUACGGAGAUUCUCAAAUGCUUAACUAUGGCAGAAGGAGGAAUUCAUGCCUUCAUGUUUGUUUUAUCUGCCGGGAAUCGGAUUACACAGGAAGAAGAGUCCACACUUGAUACCUUGCAGUUGAUUUUCGAUAGUAAAAUUCUUGACUAUUUUAUUGUCGUGUUCACUGGGGGUGACAAAUUAGAAGCAAACGAGCAGACAUUGGACGAUUAUUUUUCUGAAGGUUGUCCCAAAUUUUUAACAGGAGUUCUUAGACUGUGUGGUGGUCGAAAGGUCGUGUUUAAUAACAUGACUAAGGAUAAAGUCAAGAACGCUAAGCAAGUCAAGCAACUUUUGGCUCAUGUCGAAGCUAUUGAAAAGAAUAAUGGUGGGAAACCGUAUACUAACCAGAUGCAUCGUAUGAUAAAGGAAAAGGGUGAUAAGCUUAGGGAACAACAAAGGAAGGUUAAGUCUAAAAAACUUGCAUCAGAAAUAGAAGUCAUGAAGCAGGAUUUAGAACUGGAGCAUGACGAAAAAAUGAGACGGAUGACACAACUUUUGGAGAGGAGGCUUAAGCAGAAUUCUGAAGCACAUGAAAGAGCGAUGCGUGAGAUGAGAGAAGCUAUGAGAAAUUACAAAUAA